AUGGCAUCUCGCCCCGUGAUCGAAUAUUACUUCUCCUUCAUCUCGCUAUGGUCCUAUAUCGGCAGCCGCCGCCUGCAGGCUCUGGCGCAACAGCACAACGCUCAGAUCAUCUACAAACCAAUUGACCUACUGCACAUAUUCUCCGUCUCCGGAGGGCUACCUGUGAAGCAGCGCGCGCCGCAGAGACAAGCGUACAGGCUCCUCGAGAUGGAGCGCUGGCGCAAGAUCAGGGACAUCCCACUCGUCAAAUUCCCUAAGUUCUACCCGGCGGACCCGUCUCUUGCUCACCGGGUCUUACUGGCUGCUAUCGAGGAGGAUGGCUACGAUAAUUACGCGGUGCAAGAAUUUGCUAGGAAGGGCCUCGAAACUGUGUGGGCGACCGAGGGUGAUAUCGCUGAUCCGGAAACCAUCCGGAGGCUAGCAGAAGCCUCUGGGCUCGAAGGUGCCAGGCUGCUGAAGAGGGCUGAAUCAGAGGACGGAUUGGCGGUGAAAGAGAAGGAACUGACGAAGGAGGCUGAGGCUAAACGCUACUUUGGUGCGCCGUUCUAUGUGUACAGAGGGGAGCCUUUUUGGGGUCAGGAUCGGAUUGAGAUGCUGGAAGAUGUCAUUAAGAGUGGCAGGGACCCAAUAGUGUUACCACAGAUAGAGUGA